AUGAUCAGCUUCAGAGACGCCGGGGGCAGGACUUGGCUACAGACAGAGCUGGCAGAGUCGAUCGACACAAGGAGGCUGCAGGGCUACGCUUCGAGUCCAUCAUCAUCAUCCUUUAAUGUUUAUUUUCGAGCCGAGGACGACCUAGGAGUCUUCGACAUCUGGUCGGACUCCGGGACGUACGUGAACCUCCCUCAGGGCGUGCUGUACCUGCCACGCGGACGAGGAGCCGGGCUGAAGCGCCUCUUCCUGGACUCAUACCCAUACCAGUAUUCGUCCUUCCAUGGAGUGUACGGGAGCGUCGCGGUCCAGGCCAGGCGAGUCUGCGUAGCCUGUUCUGAGGGGACGUACUCACUAGCAGGAGACUCGAGCUGGUCUAACGCGACGGGCUGCGUCUGCAAGCUAGGCUACCGCGAAGACCGGUUGGGAGGGAAGCUGAGCUGUGUAGCGUGUCCGGCGGGGGCGCGAGCAGGAGUCGGGUCGGAGGAGUGUCGGUGCUGGGGCGGGAUGGUCGAGACGCGAGGAGCCGGCGGGGAGCUUGUAGGGUGCGGGUGCCCCGCGGGUACAGAGGCAGGGAAGAGCUUCGCAAACUGGAAUAAGUACGCGGGAGUCGUAUACGCCAGCCCCUACAUGUCGUACUCGUACAUACUGAUACAGGACGCCGGGGAGCUAGAGGGCCUGGUCAACAGCAGCAAGCCGAUCCCUUACAUGGUGUUGCCGCAGCAGUCGUACUGGUACUGGUACUACCCGUCGUAUAUGCAGGACAUAGCGGCGAUAUCCAACUACACGAUGAGAGGAGGGACGCUGGUGACGAUGGGCGACGGGGUACAGGACCUGCUGGCGCAGGCCUUCGGGAUAGCAAGGCCGGCGCUGUCUUGGACUACGUCGGAAGCUCGGCUCAAUAACGCAAGCGCAGCAGGGUCGGCGUUCGAGGGGGGCCCGAGCUCGCUGUCGUACUGGUACGCUGUACGCUGGCCACUGUCGGGGCUGCCGCCGGGUGCAAGGAGCAUGUACGACGACGGGUGGUACUCGUCGGCGGUAGUGAUGAGGGUAGGCAGGGGUCAGGUAGUGUGGCUGGCGUACGACGACGGGCUGGCGUCGACGGGGGCGUGGCAGGAGGUACUGAGGCGGGCGGUAGAGGCCGGGGGCCCAUGCGUGUCAUGCGGGGCGGGGACGUACCGGAGCGAGUCGGAGCAGAGCUGCACGGCGUGUCCAGGGAACUCGACGUCAGAAAUCGGGUCGAGGUCCGUGGAGGAGUGCGAGUGCAAGGCGGGCUACUACGGAGAGUCUCGGAGGAACGGAGGGAAGGGUUGCCAGGCGUGUCCGCCGGGCGCCUACUCCCCGAGGGGAAGCCGCAACGCUAGCAGCUGCCGAUGCUCGGCAGGGACGACGUGGGGUCAGGUAGUGUGGCUGGCGUACGACGACGGGCUGGCGUCGACGGGGGCGUGGCAGGAGGCUCUGGUGGAUGACUAUCGUGAUGUCGAAAACGUACUUCGAGACACUGAGAUAGAAAAACUGUUUGGCUUGGAAAGUCGAUCGGAGCCUGUCAUGCGGCGGAUCAGUCUUGCUCUCAAAGACUUGUCUGACUUGGGCUCGGGAGGAUACUUGAACUCAGGUACCGGCUCCACAGCAUUCCUGAGCUCCAACGCAGAUUUCUACUCAUGGUACGUUUUCUGCAAUUGCGCCUUUAGUUCGAUUCUUUAUUGUGCUUCUACAGAAUAUCCAGGCUUCGGUCGGUUUGGUUGCGCAAAAGAUUGCGGAGAUUACAACAACGUUACCACACUGACCAUAAAACUUGAAGACAUGAUCGAUGCAAGUCAGACUGAGCUUGGCUUUUCGUUGACAAGAACAAGCCUCGAUACAGACCCAGCAAGAGUGACGUAUUCGUAUAAUGUUUACAGCUAUACGAUGGGUGAAUUCAUAUUUGAGAACGACAUAAAAAAUAAUUCUCAAAUUUCCUUCGAGGUGCCAGAUGGCAAGCUCACGUUGGUGCUUUAUCAGACGACGUCAGCAGAGUCUGUCGUGGAUGACCAGGCGGUUAUCACACUCUUUGGAGUGACAGCAGGAUCGUUCUCAAGCCUUGUACGACAACAGAACAAUAUGAAAUAUGGAAAUCCAAGGGAAAUACUCAAAACAGCCGUUUUUCAAACUCUCUCCCUCAAAACUCUCUGUCAAACUCCUGACGAUGCGCGUCAACAAUUUUGCACAAACUUCAAUCCACAGGACAUAGGAUACACAGGCUUGCAGCAGCCCAUCACUCAGAUUGGCUACUGCGCAAUGUUGCCAAAGGCCGGAGAUCCGUAUAUCAAGGAAAACAAAGACAAAAUCAUCAAUGCUGGAACAUCAUCUCCUCCUACUCCCACUGUCAAAAUUUUGGAAGAAGCAACCAUGAAGCCAGCUGGUUAUGAUCAGCAACUAGUAUCAUACAUUGCUACGCAGAUCUACAGCAAAACAGGGGUAACGUAUAUGCGCGAGGCAUCACGUCCCAACCUGGUGACCAACGGGUCCGUCUUAUUGUUUUACUUGGGAACGAACAGGAAUGUGGCUCAGAUGUAUCUUCGCUUGACGGCAUGCUUUAGGUAUCAAGAUAUCACUCUUCCUAGUCCCAACUAUGACAGCUACUCAAACAUUUUUAUGCCGGCACCGAAAAUCACUUUCUCGCUUCCAAUCGGAUCCGAUUCUUGCAAUGGGAAAAAUUCAACGCAGGAAUGGAGGAGUGUUGUUCAACAAUUCCUCAACUCUUCGAUUUCCUAUGCGCAGCAAAUAGUUUCUACCAACAUCGUUCCAGCAAUAGAACCAAAGGGUUCGUGGAAGGCGACAGCUGGGGUCAUUGUUGGCUCUACAGUCAAGUCGUCAGCACUCGUCAACCUUCUGUUGGAUUCCCGAGAUAUACCAGAUGCUCAAUGGGUGAUCAGCGUCGAUACUCAGAUCACGAAAAGAACAAGAGAUCAGACUUGUCUCUCGCACUUCGAUUGCGAUGUCAAUUUGUUCUGCUCAAAACCUCCUCAGCCUGACAUGUUGGGAACCUGCAAACUUUGCAGCUUUUGCAAGGUGGACAAGUUGGACGCCAUUGGUGACAGAUGCCCCGUCAUCAAGUGUCCAACUUCCGGCGGAUUUCCGCAAUGCUUGGAUGCACCAAAACUCGUUGUUGGAGCUCAGUGUCCGAGCGACUACAGCUUUGAGCUGUGGCGCUACAGGAGUAAAAGUGAUGGACCUCCGCAAGUUGUUCCUUCUUUCAAGCCAAAGAAUCGCGAGAUCACUCCCUACAACCGGAUCAUCGGGGCCAUCGUGGUAUCACAAAGCAGAAUGAAGUCCAAGGAAUGCUCUUCCAGCAACAAUGAAUUCAUCAAAGACUACUUGAAUGCUCUCAAAGGUAUUCUCAAUUGCCCCUCGCAAGAGUUCGAUCCCACACCCUUUGGAUAUGAUCCUUCUUUCAUGUCCUUCAGCCCAUAUUACAACCCCAGAAUCCCACCAGAAAAAUUCUAUGCUCCUUCUGAACGACAUGUGAUAUAUUCGCAAACUGGAUCAUCGAAGCUAUCCUUCCCCAUCGGUUUUUUUCCGCACAAAUACGAUUCAAACUAUUUCGACAAGGACAACGAUGGUUUUAUAUCGGAAGAAGAAGCAGCUAAGACGAUCAGCGACUUCACUGCAGCAUUAAAAGACGCCAAGGUCAUCAUCCCCUCAGAAGCGGACACCUUCAAGCUAUUCUUCGACGAGCGACUGACACAGAAACUGGCUCAGACCAUGAUUCGGUUCAUGCAGGAUGGUUCUUUUAUCGAUUCCAAGACGGCUGAAGUUCGGGUCGAAUUUUUGACGUACAACGCUCCGAAAAAUAUUUUUGCGAUCUAUGAAUUCACCUUCCAAUGGCUUGAGACUGGACGGAUACCUUGGAAUGACAAAGUGAACUCUUUUUCUGUAGAUUUCUUUGCAAACUCCUCCUUGGGAGCGCUUCAGAUCUUUUUGUUUACAGUAAUUGUUAUCAUUCUUGUCAUUAACUGCUUCUUUGAAGCUGCAGACCUGAUUGGUGAGAUACGUCAGUACAACCUAACGACAUACCUGUCUCAUCCCUUCAAUUGGGUCGAUUGGACUCACUUGCUCUUCAUGUGGGGAACAGUAAUCACGUGCAUUAUUCAUUAUCAGGAUUGUCGAAAUUUCCGCAUGAAGACAAAUUACCCUAUCCUUUACUAUGGCCCGCAGUAUGAAUAUCCUCGGAGGGCAGAAAUCUCAGGGGUCCAAAUAGGAACAAGUUUUGAGCUUCCCUUGGUGAAAUCGGCAACCGCACAGGCCAGACAUUUUCGAACGAACAAUCAAGUAGAGGCAGAAUUUCUUCAGCUGGUGAAGCAAGGAAAGCAGAUAUCAGACUCUAUGAGUGUGUACUCCUUCUUCGCUGGCGUGAGUAUCGUCUUGUUUGUCUUUCGGAUGCUCAAGGGUCUUGACUUCCAAGAGCGGAUGGGUCUAGUCACCAGGACGAUAGCGAGAGCUGCCGGAGAUCUCUGGCACUUCAUCCUCCUUUUCGGAAUCGUUCUGUUCGGGUAUGCAGUCGUUGGUAACAUGUUGUUUGGUCAUCAAUAUGAGGGAAUGAAAGAUCUCAGUACUUCAAUCCUCACUCUUCUUAUUUUCUUGCUCAGUCUGGACACAACGCAAUUCUACGCUCCUAUGUCACAUGCUGCUUCGGAUGGUGCCUUUCAUAUCUUUCUUUGGUCUUACUUGUUCAUCGCAUUCUUUAUUCUUCUCAACAUCUUCCUGGCUAUCCUCGUCGAUGCGUAUGCGAAAGUCAAAGAAGAGACGGAAGGCACCACAGGGUUGAUUGGCGAGUUGAUGCAGGUCCUGUGGCAUGGGGCCAGAAAGGUCUUGAUGAUGAAGAACUUCGUGUCGGAUCAGAGGUUGGAAGAAGCUCUGGCCAAAGAUCGAGAGAAGAUGCGAACAAGGGAGAGCCGACGGCGAUCCAUCGAGAGAGAUCUAGCAAAGGAGAAACUGAUCUUGCUGUCUGGUGGGAUAUCAAUCGACAGCUAUGAUGUCGGUCUGCUGGUGAGAAAAACUCUCCAAUCUGAGGGUCUUGCAAGAAUUGAGGAGGGGCAAGACGUAGAGGAAGGAGGCGAAGACAGCACGAUGCUAUCAGAAGAAGAGAUACUUGCUUCCGUUGACUUGAUGAAUCGAUACGGGACUGAUCCCAGCCAGAUAGCAGAUCGCCGUCGGCAAGAGAAGAUGGAGCUGUACGAGAUGCAAAGCAUCCGAAGGCAGAUCGCGAUGCAGCUGAGCCAGAACAGAAUUCUUAAUAUUCAGAAGGAGAUUUUGGAACGAACGAAUGGUAUGGGCAACAACCAAGCCGCCCAAGAGAUCAGUUCGCCAACGGCUAAAGAAUGGAAAACUGACAAACAAGCGAAAGAAGUUGGGAUACUUCAAGUCAGACUCCUCAGAGCAACCAAACUUCCUCGAAUGGAUAUGAUCACAGGCUGCGACCCCUACUGCAUGCUGUUUGUAAACUCAUGCAUCGGUUUGUCGACUUUUGCAUCUGAGGUUUCGCGCAAGAAUGUGAAUCCGGAGUGGGACGAAGUAUUUGAAUGGACAAUGACUUCUCAAACAAAAGUUCUAAGCAUGACUCUGUGGGACAAAGAUGAAGUGACCAGCGAUGAUCUCAUCGGAUCAGCACAAGUCAAUUUGUCUGAGAUUCCUUUCGGCGAAGCGCAUGAGUUGUCCCUGCCUUUGCACAAUCAGAAACUGUUUGCCAAACUUGAGGAGUCCCGUCUGAUCGUUGCGAUUCAGAAGUUCCAUAUGUCACAAACUGACCAAAAACGUGACGAGGCGACGAUGUGGAAUCAAGCAGUUGCGUCGCAAGGGCAGGCGUAG